AUGGCUUCCACGCCUCCGCCGCCGGAGCGCAUCCACACUCCCCCUGCGCCCUACCUUGGAUCUCGCCAUGACGACUGGGAGCCCUACUCGCCGCCCCGUCGCUCCAGUCGCGUCGCUGCCCAGCGUUCGAGGCACGCCAUCAGCCAGGUGCCGCCGCAAGGCCUGGAGGUUUCCAAGAAGCGCCCCGCCCCCCGAUCCGCUCGCGCCUUCACCCCGAUCGGAAGCGGCGACAUGCUGGCGCCUACCUCUGGCUUCGCAGCCUCGCCACCGGCCUCGCCUUCAUCAUCGCCUCAGAAGCGUCCUAGUGCCAAGAAAGCCAUCAACAGAGUCAUGUUCGAUGACCAGCUUCCGAACUCCGAUACCGAUUCGGACCCAUUCGUCACUAGCUCCAGGGAUUCUUUGGCUGGCGUUCUCCCGACUCCCUCGAAGACUCCUAGCAAGAAGGAUAAGGCGAGGCCUUUGUCUGCGUUUGCACAGACUGCUCGCAUCCUCUUUCAUGAUCGCCCCGCCAACAUCGAUGACGCCAUGCCUUCUCCUCGCAAGAACCGCAAGAACAAGAAGCACACCACCUUCACUCUGCCCAGCUUCAUGGACGAGUGUGACGAUGGUGCGCACGAGAGGAUCGAGAUCUACACUGACUUCCGCGAGCGCGUUCCAAGCUUGAAUGACGAGGAGGACAACCCGUUCGUCACCAAGAAGCCCGAUGAGAACGAUGCACCCUUCGCGGGUCCGAGCGUCUCUCCUCGCGCUGCCAAGCGCCACCUGUCCAAGGAGGAUGAAGAUAUGGACCGCAGGGCCCGGAACGGCGAAGGAUUUGUUUCAGUUUUCCGCGGGAAGAAGAUUUUCACCGAGUUCAAGGAGAGCUCUGAUGACAGCGGUUCAGACUCUGAUGGUCUAGUCGGCACCCCUACUCGCCGCGCUGUUCGCUCGCGUGCUGCUAGUUCGCGCGCUGUUAGCUCGACGGCCCACCGUCGCGUGACCCGUUCUUCUAUCCAGCCGCGUCUUCUCUUCCCGACCGAGGAGCAGAAGCGUGCUCGCGAGACUGCCGCUGCUAAAGCUGCGGAAGAAGAUUCUACUGACGUCGAUGCCUCCGUUCUACUUGCCACCCCCCGCAAGCAUGCCCACAAGGCUCGUGCCCCGCGUUCUGUCCCUGCUGAGGCGAGGGAAGUCACGCCUGAGCCUGCCUCAGAGAGCACAGCCAAGACAGCUGCAAACACCAGUACGCCCGAUACGCAACGCUUCUUCGAACCCUUUACGCCCCCGCCAUCUCGGACUACCCGCGCGUCAGCGAAGAGGGAUGUGAACUUUGAUUUACCCGAGGGCCCUGUCGAUGUUGAGGCCGAUCCAUCUGGCCCUACACAGAACGGUGAUCAGGAGCCGAAGCCCGUAUUCGCACCGAUGGCAAGGCCAGCCAAGCGCAGCCCCUUCGACCAAUGGCGCCGUACCAAGGUGGGAGCUCGAUCGGUGUCGGGAACGAAGAGAGAAGGCGACUCGCUUGAAGCUGCAAGUGUGAAGAGGACGAGGAGCUCAGCACGUGCUUCAACGCCCACUACCGGUUAA